CCUUUUAUUGGGAUAUAAAUUACAAUUUGGCAUCUGCAGACGCAGACCGAAUACGUAAGGAAUAUGAUGAGUCCAGUGCUAAAUUAUCUAAAAUCCAGUCAAGGAUAUCAAGCCUGACACAGAAGCUAAAAUAUGACUUUGGACAGGAGAAGGAGUUCUAUUCAUUUUAUGGUCAAUGUUUUGAGAACAAGGAAAACAAGUAUGUUUACAAAGUCUGCCCAUAUAAACAAGCAUCUCAGGUCGAGGGGCAUACAACAACUCGUUUAGGGAACUGGGACAAAUUUGAGGAGUCUUAUAGACACAUGGUGUUCUCCAAUGGUGAUAAGUGCUGGAAUGGUCCUGAUAGAAGUUUGAAGGUUAGGCUAAGAUGUGGUUUGACAAAUGAGGUUGCUGAUGUAGAUGAACCUAGCCGUUGCGAAUAUGUAGCUUUGUUGUCUACACCAGCUUUGUGCCUGGAAGAAACGCUUAAAGAACUAGAAGAGAAACUUGAUGCAUUAAAUCAAGAACAACCUCAGAAGCGUGAUGAACUCUAAAAUACCCGAAUAAAUGUGUAUUGGAUCCACUGGAGAGUGCUAACUGCUUAAAUCUGUCUGGCUGGGGAAUUGUUGAUUUUAAUCUUGAAAGACGAAGAGGUGCCACUGCAACACAGCCCUUCACCGGCAUAUAGUUGGAAGAAUUUCGGGCUAAUAAUUAGGAAUAGUAUUGGAAAAAAAUUUUUGGGUCUCUGGAGGAUGCUUCACAUUAAAACUUUUACUUUUUUUUUUUUCUUUUUCUUUUUUUGUGAUAGACCAAUUUGAGUAAGGUGGCAGCAUGACUAGUAGGUUGACCCACCCAGGUUAAGUAUAGACAUUGGUGUUGUUACACUUGGUAUAUCAUGAAAGGCAAUUUAUGAAACUAACAAUAAGAGGUAUAACACGCUUUUCUUGGA